AUGAAAAAUCGAAAUCCGGAUGUGUGUUAUCUAAAGGGCGUAGAGUAUUCUGUUGGUUCUUCUGUAUCUGUUGUCAACGGAAUAUUAGCGAACGAGUGCAAGUGCACCAAGCACACGCCGAACGCCACAGCGCAAUUUGUUUGUGACCGUCGCGACUGUUCCCUUCCACCACCACCGGGGUGUUACAGAAGACGCGAGAAGAACUGCUUUUCACCUGUGAAAUGUUUUGAGGUAGCGGGGGUCGAGACGACGUGUCAAGUUGAUGGUAAAGUUUACAAGAUUGGAGAAUACUUUGAACCUCUUUCCGAACCGGGAAAAAGAUGCUAUUGUGGCCACGGAUAUCAGGGAGAAAAUAUCGAGCCCUUUUGUACAUUCGAACCCAGCAAUUCAUGCGACUCUGAACUAACUCAUGGAGAGGCCAUCGCGAACCGCUGUGCUCCGGUAUACGAGGCUGAUCAAUCAAUGAGCAAAGACUGUCCAUUGUUCUUCAGAUGUCAGAAUGCGGCUGAUAAAGUGCUGAAGAACGUGGGUUUGAAAAGGAAAGGUGUGCACUGCCAAUUCGGCAAUUUGACCAUGAAAUACGGCGACGUAUUACCUCCACAGAGUGAUAUUUAUUCGGAAUGCGUGACGUGCAUUUGCACGAUGGGACCUGCGAUUUCUUGUCAACGUCGAUCGGCGGACCACUGCGAUAUGAAUCCAGUGGUCAUUGUUGAUGUGGAGAUGUGAAAGAUCAAUAUCACAAUUAAGUAUUUUCAAGUUGUAAUUAAUAUUUUUUGUGGAGGCAAAAGAUCAGGAACAUGAGACAUUCAAUUCUAUUUUUUAAAAAUGAAGAAGAAUAAACGGAGGCCGAGCAGACCUCAAGUCUUGCUUAGG